AAUAGCUGAAUUCCUUCAGACCUGUUGCAGCUUCGUUCACACUCGAUAGACCAAGACCAGCAGUGGCGUGAGAAUGGAGAGCAACAAGGCGUGUCUCUUUGCAGCGCUGUGCGUCUUCCUCAUUGUUUCCAGCUUCGUCUGCAGCUCAGAUUCAGCGAGCUGCUGCACCAGAUACACCAAAAAGAAGCUGUCCUGCCUUCAGGUGAAGAACUACAGCAUUCAGACCAUCCAUGGCUCCUGUGACAUCCAGGCCAUCAUUUUCCACGUCAAUGGGAGGUUCGUGUGCGCCAACCCGGCAACGCCGUGGACCGGGAGGGCCGUGAAGUGCGUGGAUGAGAGACGGAAAAAGAGAGUGAAUGAAGUCAUGAAGAAACAGAGCAAUGACAACAACACUAAAUAACUUGGAGACAAAAUGGCUGGAAAAUAAGAGAAAAUGUGUUUAAGGUUCUCAAAAAGUCUUGUUGAAUGGUAACAGGGAUUUAAUGCUUUUCUUCGUACAUAUUUUUUGUACAUAUAUCUCUUCUGUUUCAUAAACAGGAAUGUGUAGUAUUAAUAAUACCCCAGCUAUAGCUGUGUCGAUAAAGGGAAAAUAACCUGUAUGUUUUUUUAACAAUAAAUUAAACUAACAUAACUUUACAUUUACAAUGGUUCAACAUAGAUGUGCUGCAGAAGUAACUUUUUAUUUGCUGAGAUUUUAACAUAAAAAAUUUUAAAUGGUGUUAAAAGUAAUAAAGCUGGAAAAACGUCA